AUGUUCCGUCCUUCGAUGCUACUUUCCAUUGGAACAUGGGCAGCUGUUGUCCUCCAAGCAACCGCUGUCCCCCAUGGCCCAUCCUACUACAACAAGCUCGCCCGAGACAACAAUGACCCCUGUGGCCCAGUCUCACAGUACACUGAAAACCGAAGCCCCGAGAAAUGGAACCAGGCCAACACCGAUGACUGGCUUAAUCAAUGGUGGACUGUGAAUGCCGACAAACGCACGACUCACCAAGAUGGAUUCACUGGUGCUUUUGGCGAGUACGCACUAGGCCAGCCUGGCUGGUCGUGCCAGAACAACGGCAACGACGCCAACUGUGAAGUGCAGGUUCGCAAUAAUCCCGAGCUUAACGGCCUAGGAAGUGACGCUAACUUCGAAGUGCAGCCUUGCGGUAACCCCAAGCUUAAUAGCCUAGGCAAUAACACCGAGAAGGCGUACUAUGUUCUACAGGCGAUCAAUAACCUACACGGGUUCUUCCUCGGCCUGGACCAGUCGUUCAAUAUCGCUGCUAUUGUCGCAGCCCUGGAUAACGAUGAGAUCGUGUAUAAUUUCUGGCAUGAUGAGAAUAACUGGGAUGCUUUGGCCUUCAAGGAGCUCCUGAAUGCAAUCGCUGUUGUGUUUGCUGUUGCUGCUGUCGGGAUAAGUGCGCCUGCUAUGGCGCCAUUCGUAUCUGCUAGUGCGCCUGCCGCUGCGGCAGGAUUCUCAACUUUGCUUAGCGGUGGAACGUCCGCAGGCAUCUUAGCUACUGGCCCAAAAGAUACGAGUGGUGUGACACAGGCUAAGCUCGGCCAUUUUAUGGCAGAGACAGUGAAGAGAGUCGCAGGUUCAUUCAUUACUACCAACGACGAGCUGAUGGCCGGUCAUAGCCAUGAAACCGAAACCGGACCUAUCGAUAUCCGUUCCUAUCUCCAGGGCGGAGCGUGGGUUAACUACGGGGGAUUGAAGAAGACCGACGCACAUGAUAAAAUGACCACUAUUUUACAGUCGUUAAUGAUCAACUCGCUAUGGCGUUCGCAGCGUGUGUUUAUCAUGGGCGGUGGCGCCUGCGGUGAUGGCCAGGACGUCGGCCAAGGUACCAACGCUAACGAUAACGUUUUCUGUGAUGAAGAGAAUCGUGCAUGGUACCUAUACUACUGGCAGAAGGAUAAGAAUAUUAUGAAAGAGUCGGCAAAACCUGUUGGAUGGAUUUCUCGACCCUGGGGAUCCGAUCGUAUGGGCGGAGAACCUAUAUUAGAGCAGGAAGGCGGCGCCGGGCCAUUCUGGAAGAAUAUCCUUCCAGUGGACGCUAUCAAAUCCUCUCUCAAGUCCUACCAAGUCGCCGGCUACAACUACGACUCGACAGCCUUUAGCACUCGUAUGGCCGAUAUCUUCGCUGCUGGAAGUAACGCUUGGAACGAAGGUGCAAGCAUGGAGGGUGUCUGGACUAUCCCCGUGUGUGAUAUUAGUGCAACUAUCAACAACCCCGACUAUUCAUACGAAAUGAAGGAGUAUAUCCUCCAGCCGUAUGGGUUCGACAGGAUUCCAAAAUGGUGUGGACCGAUUUGUGGAAUGGACAAGAAGAAGACGGCGGAAUUCUACAAAGCGGCCAACUUCAUAAAUGACAUGGAGAAGCCUUUCCUGCGGGGUUGUACUAUCGAUCAGGACAGACCUAAUUUUGUUGAAAGCGGUCAUUAUUGGGAUUGGACUACAGAUGAGGAGUUUCCAUUAUGA